AUGGCUACGCAGCAAGAUGAAGGCGGUGUGCCCUUCUCCAUUGCCCACCAGCAGCAGCACUUCCGCCUGCUCGAGCUGCCCCCCGAGAUUGUUGAGCUGAUAGACGCGCCCAACCCGCCGCUGCUCUCCAUCAAAUCCCAAUUCCAGUCUGCCGCUUCUGGCACGUCCAACGCGAAGCCUGCAUAUGCAGUACUUUGUACGCCGAGCAAGACCUUCCAGCUGCGCCAGGUCCAAACCUCCAACUCGCUCUACAUAGCCCAGCCCGCGCUCGAGGCCCAUGGCAACGAGAUACUCACCCCUGCCACGCGCGCCAUUGCGCUGUGCACCGCGACGCUCGAAGCCCAUGCAUCCACCGCGUCUGCCACCGCCCUACUGAGAGAGGCACUGCCGGUAUACGACAUUGUUGCAGGGGACGUCGACGCGACCAGCAAUGGCAGGAGCAAGGCGAGCAUGUUCGGCGAUAUGCCCUUGUCGGAUGGGGAAUGCCAGGUCGGAUGGAACGAGCUGAUGGCAUUCGAGGCGGAUGGAGGAUCAUACCAGCCUUCGCCGAACGCCCUCUCACAAGUAUGGAGGUCCAUCAACGCCGCUGCACUGGCCGAGGGCAUCAAACUACAAGCGCAGUUCUUGACCGACGACAUCACCAAAGCCGCAGCUGAAGAAGGGCAUCCGCCAGGCCUUGUAGAGGCCAUACUGGCAUACCUAUCCACAGCAGACAACGACAAGAAUGGACCGUGGUCGUGUCUGGAUCGGGAAAAGACGGUCGCAUUUACUGGCAGGACAUUGCUGGAAGCCAAACGCGGCGCAGACUUCCUCAUCGCCGACUUCACCGACACGUGGGAGGACCGCCUGCCCGAAGUAUGGCGUAAGGACGCGCAACUCGGUGCCAUCGAAGGCAUCUACGACUUCCCAUCCGAUACAACGAUACGGGCGAAGAGCAAGGUCGCCACAACUGCAGGUGGAGACAGCUCAGUAGCAGCCAUGAAGCCGUCAGCGCGCAAGUGGCACGAGAAGUUUGCCAAAACGAGAAAGAAGUGA